GACACCAAUUUGACAGCUAGCUGAAUGUUGUCCUGCUGGCACAAUGCAGCUCUUCCAAACAAACCUUUUUCUACUGCAACCAUUUGCUUUGCAUCGCAAUCACUGAAUUAGUGCAAUUUACGAACAUUUUACAACAUUUUCGGGCGUCUCAAGUGCACUCAGCGAAUGUCCCAGAAACGCACACUAUCAUGAACUAGUUGUACCACCACAUUUUAAAGUGUUUCUUGUGAUCAUCGAAAACGUGAAGGCCUCGCGCGACUCGUUGUUAGACGGUAUUCUAGAAAGGAUCCAAAUCCGUGGUAGCGUUUUCUUUUAGGCAGCGUGUACAGCAAAAUUAAACCGUCAAGAUGGUUUUAGCCGAUCUAGGUCGCAAGAUUACGAAUGCGCUGCAUUCGCUAAGCAAAGCGACAAUCAUAAACGAAGAGGUGCUAGAUUCGAUGCUGAAAGAAAUCUGCACCGCACUGCUCGAGGCGGACGUCAACAUUCGGCUGGUGAAGAAGCUGCGGGAAAAUGUACGAUCCGUGAUCGACUUUGACGAAAUGGCCGGCGGCUUGAACAAGCGCCGGAUGAUACAGUCGGCCGUGUUCAAGGAGCUGGUCAAGCUGGUCGAUCCGGGCGUGAAGCCCUACCAACCGAUCAAGGGCCGCCCGAACGUGAUCAUGUUCGUGGGCUUGCAGGGAUCGGGCAAAACGACAACGUGUACAAAGCUGGCGUACCACUACCAGAAGAAGAACUGGAAAUCGUGUCUGGUGUGCGCGGAUACGUUCCGUGCCGGUGCGUACGAUCAGAUCAAGCAGAACGCCACAAAGGCGCGCAUUCCGUUCUACGGCAGCUACACGGAGGUAGAUCCGGUCACGAUCGCACAGGACGGUGUGGAGAUGUUUAAGAAGGAAGGGUUCGAGUUUAUCAUCGUGGAUACAAGCGGUCGGCACAAGCAGGAGGAAUCGCUGUUCGAGGAGAUGUUGGCCGUUGCGAACGCGGUCAAUCCGGACAACAUCAUUUUCGUGAUGGAUGCCACCAUUGGGCAGGCCUGUGAGGCGCAGGCUAAGGCGUUCAAGGAGAAGGUGGACAUUGGUUCCGUCAUCAUUACGAAGCUGGACGGUCACGCCAAGGGCGGUGGUGCACUAUCGGCGGUGGCGGCGACAAACUCUCCCAUCAUCUUUAUCGGCACCGGUGAGCACAUAGACGAUCUGGAACCGUUCAAGACGAAACCGUUCAUUAGCAAACUGCUUGGAAUGGGAGAUAUCGAAGGGUUGAUUGACAAGGUGAACGAACUCAAACUGGACGACAACGAGGAGCUUAUCGAUAAGAUCAAACACGGCCAAUUUACCAUUCGCGACAUGUACGAGCAAUUCCAGAACAUCAUGAAGAUGGGUCCAUUUUCGCAGAUCAUGGGAAUGAUUCCGGGCUUUUCGCAAGACUUUAUGACCAAGGGCGGUGAACAGGAAUCGAUGGCGAGAAUCAAGCGUCUCAUGACCAUGAUGGACUCGAUGUCGGACGGCGAGCUCGACAACAAGGAUGGUGCGAAGCUGUUCAGCAAACAGCCAACGCGCGUUACGCGCGUAGCCCAAGGAUCGGGCGUGAUGGAGCGGGAAGUGCGCGAUUUGAUAUCGCAGUACACAAAGUUCGCGGCAGUCAUUAAGAAAAUGGGCGGCAUUAAGGGUUUGUUCAAGAGUGGCGAUAUGACGAAAAACGUGAACCCGACGCAGAUGGCCAAACUUAACCAACAGAUGGCAAAGAUGAUCGAUCCCCGCAUGUUCCAGCAGAUGGGGGGCAUGAAUGGGCUGCAAAACAUGAUGCGACAGCUACAGCAAGGGGCCGGAGGUUUGGGUAACCUGAUGAGCGGGUUCGGUGGCAAGUAGAGUAAGUGUGGUAGCAGACUAUCGUCGGGGGAAAGCAUCCACCGGUACCUUAUGCGCUCGCCAAGCUCCACCAUUUGUGUAGAGUUUUGAACGUAAAGGGUGUACAUUUUACUUCACGCAUUGUGAGCGCAUUUCAGUGCAGGAGCUCAUCGGCAUGAUCGGUAUGAAUAAAAUGGUAUGAUUUUGUUGUCCUAUGUUGAAAUUA